CGGAUGGGGGCGGGGGCUGCGGGCGGGGAGGGGCUGGGUAAUGGCAGGCCGGCGUCUCCGCUGCCCUCCCCCGCUCGCUCCUCCCUCUCCGGAGCGGCGGCCCUCAGCGGCAAGCAGCAGCGCCCGCGCUCCCUCAGCGCCAAGCCCCUAGCCGCCGCCGCCGCCGCAUCCACAGCACCACCCCGACACCAGCAGCAGCAGCCCCCACACCCGCACCCAGCCAACAGGAGGGGCACGGGCGCCGCUGCUGCCGCCGGCGGCAAGUCCUCCGCCGCCGGCCGCGGCCCUGGGGGCAGCCGCCUGCCCUUCCCCGGGUCCCCGGUCGGCAGCCCCAGCGUGGACGGCGCCACCGACCUGAGCACCCUGGUGUGUGAGCUGUGCAGCGGAGGGCACCGAGAGGACCAGAUCCUGCUGUGCGACCGCUGCGACCGCGGGUUCCACCUCUUCUGCCUUACGCCGCCGCUGUCAGCCGUGCCGGAGGGCGAGUGGGUGUGCCCGCUGUGCCGCCGGGCACGCGAGGAGGCGGCAGCGCGCGCGGAGGAGGGCGGGGAGCUGCGGUUUGCGGAGUUUGAGCGGCAGGCGAUGCAGGUUCGGAGGCAGCACCUGGGCAAGGAGAGCAAGUCGCGGCGGUUUGGGUGGGAGGAGGUGGAGGCGGAGUUUUGGCGGAUCGUGGAGGAGGGCGGGGAGCAGGUGGAGGUGCUGACGGCGGGGGAGCUGGACGGCAGGGUGUACGGCAGCGGCUUCCCGCGGUACGACACGCGGCCCGGGUCCGCUUCGUCGUACUAUGCAGCACAUCCCGGGAACUUGAACAACCUGCCCAAGCUGGAGGGCUCCCUGCUCGGUCACCUGCCCUUCCCGCUGCCCGGCCUCACCUCCCCCGUGCUGCACGUCAACAUGCUCUUCUCCGCCACCCCCUGGCACCUGCCCGACCACAUGCUGCUCUCCGCCUCCUACCUGCACAUGGGGGAGCCACGGCGCUGCUACGGGGUGCCGUACUCGCACCUGGGGGCCUUUGAGCAGCUGGUGAUGCGGGAGGCGAGUGCAGUCUCGGCGUCCACAGGCUCCGAAACCGCUGAUGCUGGUGCUGGUGCUGCUGCUGCUCCCACGCUGCCUGAUCUGCUGGGGUCAACUUUCGCACGACAAAGGCAGCAGCAGCAACACCAAGCGGGAAGCGAGGGCAGGGCAGGGUUGGCAGCAGCAGCACCCGCAGCGGCACCCGUCAUGCUGAGUCCCCGCGCCCUCAUGCGUGCGCGUGUGACCGUGUACGGGGUGACACAGGGGCCGGGGGAGCUGGUUGUGAGCUGGCCGGGCGCCUGCAUGGCGGGGUUCUCGGCGGGGCUCGGGGUGGUGGAGGAGGUGCGGUUCGCGACGCCGCACUGGGUGGGCUGGGCGACGGAGGCGGAGGCGCGAUAUCGCCGGGCGCUCAGGCAGCCGCUGUUCAGCUACCAUGAACUGGUGGUGCGGCUCAUGGCGGCUGCCAAACCCACUCGGGAGCUGUCCUUGGCGCUGGGGACGCACCUGUUGUGGCUCACCGCGGGGACACUGGAGACCCGGUUGGAACUGUGGGGGCAGGGUGUGGUCCGCAGCCGCCAAGUGCCCGCAAGCACACGCAGCAUGCGGCCGCCAACCGCCCAACUGCCAACCGCCAACAACCCCCGCAACAGCAGCAACCCCUCCAGCAACGACAACAACAACACCGCCGACAACAGCACCCUCAUUGCUGCAGCCAACGGCGGCGGCCGCGCUGGCCUCAGCACCCGACGGCGCAGGUCUCCGCGGCCCUCCACGGACUCCGCGGUGGCGGACCUACUCGCCCUCGCGUCGUCCUGCGCCUCCGCCGCCGCUCGGAGAGGCGCCGGCGGCAGCAGGGGGACAUCCAGCGGCGCCAUUGCAGCAGCAGCUACCCGCCAUAGCAGCCUGGCCUCCCUGUCCCCGCCGAAUGAGGAAGAAGAUGAGGAGCACCAUCAUGACGGCGGCGUAGCUGCUGCUGCUGCUGCUGCUGACGAUGAUGAUGAUGUUGUUGACCACGACGACGACGACGCUGUGGAAGACGCUGCUGCCGCCGGCGGCGGAGGCGGAGGCGGUCCUGAUGAGUACGACAGUUGUGUGACGUGUCGUGCGCUGCUGUUCCUGACAGCGGUGGAGUGCGAUUGCUGCCCGGGGCGGUUCGCGUGUGCGACGCAUGCGGCGGCGUUGUGCGGCUGCGCGCCGGCUGCUCGCCGCAUGGUGUAUCGGACCACUGUGCGAGAUUGGGAGGAGAUGCAAGAUGGCUUGAAUGCCGGCGCUCUAGGAGCACCCAGGGGGGCGCCCAGGGUCGAUGCGGUCCUCAUGUACGGCUCCGAUGCCGUAGUCCCCCGGCGUCGUACCUCGGAUGCCGGUGGAGAGGAGGAGGCGCCGGCGGCGGCUAGGGGCGCUGCAGCGGCAAUGGAGGGGGAGCCCCCACAGCAGCGGUCUCGGGCACCUCACGCCGCGAACGCCGUCACCGCCGGCGCUGCCGACUCACACGCCGACGACGGCGGCAGCCCCGGUCCCGCCGCACAGCUUCCGGGUGCCGCUGCGGGCGACGCAGACGCCGCGGCGACAGUGGCGGCGACCAUGGGGGCGGCGGGGGGCACCGUACUCGCCCCCGCCGCCGCUGACAUGAAGCCCGAGGCCGAGGCCGAGGCCGGGGGGAAGCAACCGGAAAUGGACGGCGCCGAGGUCCCCGGCUGUAACAGCGGCGGAGGCGGAGGCGGGGUUUGUGAACUGGUGUCCCAUGCAGGCCCGAGUGCGAGUGCGGGUGCGGGUGACGGCAAGGAGGUGGCGGAGGCGAAGGGGCAGCAGGGGGCCAGCCUUGGUCAGGUGAUCUCCCUCCACGCCGCUGCCUGUGCCGCCUGGGUGGCCUCAGCGCGGGCGCUGCUGGCGGGGAGCGGCUCCUCCUCCUCCUCC